AUGUCCAUUUCACCUAUAAACGCUACACAUUCGCUACCAGUGUUGGCUCCCGUCACUUUCCCUUUGCCUAACAUCUACUCUCGUCUAGAGAAAAAUAUUCAGAUUACUAUAUCAUACAAUGAUCCAUCUUAUUCAUUGAAACCCCAGAAGAAAUAUCAAACGUUGAUACCAUUGGUGACAAAUUCACACAUGAUUGAAAAUGAUCUCAAGACAUUGUUGAAUAAACAUAUGUUUGAUACAAACAGAAAUGGCACCCUUUCUGCUUCUUCAAGCAGGCCAAAUAUAGUCCCUGGCAAUAAAGUACCUUUAAACUUGAUGAGGAUAUCUGGUACCUCGCCAUUAUUCAAUAAAAGAAAGUCAGAAGAGUUGAAGCAUCAAGGUAUUGAGAAACAACCAAUCGUCAUGAAAUUGUCUAGUUUUGAUAGAAACGUCCAGCGCAGAAAGAAUAUCUCCAUCAAUAAGCAACGCAAACAUGUUUGCAAAGUCUGUACAAUGGCCUUCACUACUUCAGGCCAUCUUUCUAGACAUAAUAAAAUACACACUGGUGAGAAGAAGUAUGUCUGUCCAUUUGAAGGUUGUGGACAAAGGUUUAGUAGACAUGACAAUUGCGUACAACAUCAUAAGACGCAUUUAAGAAAGAAAGAAAACUCUAAAUCAAAAUCUACCAGCAUCUAA